AUGAUAGCGUUAGAGGAUGAUACCUUAAGUGGGAAAAUCUCCUAUAAAAUAAUGAAGGCUUCCGUGCAUACUCCAAUUAUAUCAAAGCAUAACAUUUUCAAAACUGGGACUGAAAUCAAAUCAGGUGAAAUAUUAAAAGAUCAAAAGUUGACUGACGCUUUUAAUGUCGUUCAAAGUUAAUUAUCAACAACUAUAAAUGUGAAUAAUAGCACUUCCUCUCUUUUGCAAAACUAGAAAACCCAAUCUUAAAUCAAAGAUGAUGAGAAGUCUAAGAUAUACGAGUAGAUGAAGCGAUUUACCUAAUCCAAUAGUAAAAAUUCUCUAAAAGACAUAAGAUUUAAGGAGGAAGCCUUUUACAAGCCAAAAGACAUAUUCCCAAUUGACUAUGAUUAACUAUAUAAUCCAAAGAGCACAGCUAAAAAGAAAAAAUAGGAAUAAGAAUCUCCAGUAAAGAAAAGAUAGGGAGGCAUUAGAAGCAAUCCUAAAUCCGAGACUGGUUUGCCUAGGUUUGACGAUUCUUAAACGUUAGCAUUUGAUAGAGGCAUCUCUGGACUGUCCCCUAUAAAAAACAUGGCAUUUAAAAACAUGAAUUAUGACAUUAAAGAGAGCAAUUUGGAGCUAAUUUCAUCAGAGUCUUAAAGGAAAAGAGGUCCUCGUUAGCCUUAUCAUUUCAGAGUAUAAUCUUACGACGAUAAAAUAGCUAGCAGAAGAAUUAAAAAAAAUUAUCCGUCAUAAAUUGAGCUUGAAGAGCUUAACAUAUUAAGGAUUAAACAAGUAAAAGAAUUAGAUCAGUUUAAAGUAGUGCAGCUUUAAAUUACUCUAGCUUAAAUUCUCAAAAUGAUUGAGAGCUAGGAGAAGCAGCUAAGUAAUAAAUAGCAAAAAAUUCUGUUGAACACUUUAGCUACUAGUUAAGCUCUGAUGGUAGAAAAUGUUAUUAGUGAAAGUCAAAAUCGGGUAAAUCAGAUCUAAAGAGAUAAGGAGGAGAUAGAGAAAAUCAAGUUAAACUUGUAGGAAUUACAAAUAAAAAAGAGGAUGCUUGAAGAGGAGAUAAACAGUCUUAAGAGGCCUGAUGAUGUCGAGGUCAAGGUCAAGGUGAACCUUAUAAAGAAGUUAAAUGAUAAGAUUUAAAAUUCUAAGUUACUUAAACAAGCUUCUCUUAAUAAGAGUUUAGAUAAGAAGGGAACCUUGCUACUGGAUAAUCUGAAUAAUGAAACUGAGAAGGAAAAGAAGGCAAAAGCUGAUAAAACUUCGCUCAACUCACAUCUCAUCGACUACUUUAGUAAAAUAAGACAGAAAAAAAUUGAUAAGGAUAAGAAUAAAUGUAAGAAACCCAAGACUACAAUGGAAUUACUCAUUAAAGAGCAUGAUAAGCAAAAUAAGAAUCUACUUCAGGUAUUUGUAAACAAGUAUAAGCAGAGUAUAGUAGAGAAGAAGUCUUUGAUUGAUGGUAAAAGUGAUUAACAUGUGCGUAGAGCCAAUGAAGAUGAGGAGAUCUGGGAUGACCUGGUAAUAGAGGAUAGUAAAUUGAUACAAAAGCAUAAAUUGGUGUCGAAUUUGAACUUAGGUGGGGCUAACGAAAGCAAUUAUAAUUUGAUAAGUGGCAUGAAUUUACUUUAGUACUCUCAAAUGAAUCUGCAAAAUAAUAAUAAAAUCAAAUAGUAUGAAGAAACAGUGGAUUUUCCAUAGAUAGUGGCGAGGGCUCUUGAUGAAGACUUAGAAAAUGCAGGUGGUUUGGAUGGUGGAUUAAAUGACGAUAUUAACUCUGUUGAUUAAGAUAUGUCCAAAAGCACAGUUUUUCAAUUGAGAUAGUAGUAGAGUAGAGUUAGUAAAAACUCACUGAAUGCUAGUCCUACUAAUAGGCUUCAUUCGAAAUAGGCAUCUUUUAAAUCUGCUGUUGAUAAUUGCUAAAUUAUAUUAAAAGAUUUCCAGAUAGAAUAUAAAAAAGAAAUUGAAGCUAAUGAAAAGCUAAACAAACGCUUUGAUUUUCUUAAACUUAUUAAGGAGUCUGACAACCAAUGUAACGAGGAUAGGAAAUUGACUGAAGAAGAGGAGAUUUAGAUUGAAUUUAUCAAGCACUGUAUUUAAAACAAAGUUUUGCCUCUCCCAUUAGUUGAUAAGAUAAAGACAAUGGGUCUAGCUCUCAAGAACUAUGCACUUAAUGGAGAUAUCUCAUAGUCUUUAGCCGACUUGAUUCAAGUAUUUUUUAGACAUUAACUGCUUUAUAGAAAUAUGCAACAAAAGGUCAUCUCUCUAAGAUAAAAUUGA